CGUGUUAAGAGCCGGUUGUUAAGAAUGGUCCCCCGGAAGUAAGUGAGUGUUUGGCUGGCUCACAUUAAACAUGGCUGACACUGCACCAAGCUGCAGAGGAGCACAUCCACAACGCAAUAAUACGACUAAUAUUAAGCCCAACAACUCUCAAAGUAACAGCCAGGAGCCUUCACAGCCAUGGGAAAUGAUAAAACCCUCAAUCACGGAGCUAACCAAAGAGGUGCGGACAAAUAUCCUCUGCACCGUGGAAGGAUGUGGAAAAAUCCUGCCAAAUACCCCUGCCCUCAACAUGCAUCUCGUCAAGUCUCACCGGAUUCAGGACGGCAUGGUCAAUCCAACUGUGCGAAAGAAGAAAGAUAUAAUUGCAUCACAGAAACUUUACUGCUGUCCAAUGGAAGGAUGCCCAAGAGGACCAAACAGACCUUUCUCACAGUUUUCUCUGGUUAAACAGCACUUUAUGAAGAUGCACGCUGAAAAGAAAUACAAAUGUGCCAAAUGCAGUAACUCUUAUAGCACUGAGUGGGACUUGAAGCGGCAUUCGGAGGACUGUGGGAAGACGUACCAGUGCACAUGUGGAUGCCCCUAUGCCUGCAGGGCAGCAUUGUUGUCACAUAUCUACAGGACAGGGCAUGAGAUCCCUGUAGAACACAGAUAUCCACCAGUUAAAAAGAGGAAGAUGGAAGGGUCGUUAGGUGGAGCACCAAAACAAAAACCCAACGAACAGAUGUUUCAAAUUGUCAGCAUAGAACAAGAGCUGUCAGAGGUUUAUGUGGCGCCAAGUGGUCCCUGCCAGUCCAAUGUUGGGAACCAAAACCCUACACCAACUAAAACUAUUCAGAAGCUUCUCUUGCCAAAGCCCAGGGUAGCCCUGGUAAAAGUCCCUGUGAUGAAGUUUGCCCAUGUGCCAAUCAUUGUAUCCUCAGCAGACCACUCAAUCAAGCCAGUUGUAGUGGCAGUUGACAAUCAAGGAUCUGUAAUAAGCACUGUGCAUCUCCUUCCCCAAUCAGUGGGAACUCUGGACACAAAAGCUUUGACCUUCAGAGAUACCAUGCCUAUGUCAAGAUUGGCCUUGGAACCUGUCAGUACUGGAGUGCAAGUGAAUCUGGAAGCCAUGGCUUCCAACCAUAACAUUUUGGCAGAAAUGGGCCAUAGAAAUAAGAGCAUUUCCACAAACAUUCAGACCGAUAUAUCAUAUCUUUCAAAGGGCUCCACACCAGCAAUUUCUUGCCCCGUCAAUGAUUCAUCUGUGUCAUCUUGUGCCCAAACAGAUAUUAGUGUUAGUGCUCAGGUGCUGCUGCCCAUCAAUGUACAGACCCAGACAUUUCCCUCUUCCUACAAAAUGACUUCUUCCACAGGCGCCCAGACUGACGCUUUUGGCCAGACCUAUUAUCCCUCCUUUGCUGUUACCAGAGAAACCCAAACCAGCACUAAUCUAAGCACUACGAAGUGCAGAGAGCAGCAAAUGGACCAAGCUAUAAUGUGCGCAGACAUUUUUGAGAAUGACUCCUCUUACAGUGUCUCGACACAAACCAGUUUAAAAAGCAACUGCUUAACAGAGAAUGUGGACCGACAUUUGACCUCCAGUAGCAACCCCAGUCUUUUUGAUGAGAAAUCAGUUGAAGUUAUGUGCUUCAGUGCACAGACAUCUUUGCUCCCACAGCACCCUGUGGCAGACAAUCAAACUCAAACAAUGAAUUUAUUCAGCGAUCUUGAAAACAUCCUAUCAGAUAGCAUGACUGGUCACUCCUUGGACAACCAUGGCCCAUUGUCGGAUGCCAGCACACGCUGUGAAGUGGGCCUGACGUCUGUCCAGGAACAAAAUACGGGAAUUGACUUUGACUUUGAGGAGUUCUUGAAUGCAGCUCACACACAGACUCAAACCGAGGAAAGUGAAUUAGGCACUUUAAACUCUGAGCCAGUCUUGGAAUCUCUUGACAUUGAAACUCAGACAGACUUUUUGUUCUAUGAUGAUCAUGCUCCCAAUUACAGUAACAGAGUUCAGUCAAACUAUCUGGGGCUUGACACCCAGACACAAACUGACCUAAAUUUUCUUUUGGACACCAGCAGUCACAUACCACUGGGCAAUUUUCUGAAACAAUCAAGUUUUUCCAUGAGCAUGGAAUCCUCUGAUACAGAAACGCAGACUGUGGUUCAUCCAGCUCUUCGGUGUAACCCCAGUCAUGAAAGCCAAGUGAAGUCAAACAGCACUGAGACCCAGACUAUCACUAGCUGUUUUGGAAGCUUGGGAAACUUGUUCUUAACCAGCAAUGAGACCCAAACUGUCAUGGAUGACUUUCUGGUGACUGAUGUGGCUUGGAACACCCUGGAAUCCCAUUUUAGUUCUGUAGAAACUCAGACAUGUGAGGAACUGUCUUCACUCUUUCAUCACUCUGACAAAAUUAACAAUUUAAUUUAGCAGCUGUGAUCAACUGAGAAGUUCUUGGUGACCCUGUAAGGAUGAGUUACCAUGAAUUGUAGAACUGUGAUUAUUAGUACUAUUUGUACAAAACCAGAUCAGUGUCUAUUCAUAGUGUAAAAGGCUAUGCAGUUCUGGCAAAGAGAUAGUAAACAAUUUCAUAACUAACAUAGUUAUGGACAUUUUGCCACAUUUUCAUUAAUGUACUAUAUUUAUGAUCGAACUAGUAGUCCAGCUCAGUACUGCACUGACCCAAAAAUGUUUAUGGUUAAAGUUUUCCUAUAGAUCUCAUUCUACAAUUGGCAACUAAACCUACUGGAGUUAAGUAGGACUGAAGCAGCUACACAUCCCCCACACCUUCAUCCUGUCUGUGCCUGCUAUUGAAUCACCAGCAUCUUUGGUUGUAUCUGGUGCCAAAAUGUAUCUUGAGGUCUAAUUUGUUUUAUUCCUUGAGAGGCAAAUUACCAGCCACCCACGAGCUAACAAAUGUGUUCCAGCCACUCCUUGUUUCCCCUACCCAGCUAAGCAAGACUUAAGUUCAGCUCAUAUGCAAUUAUAUUGCUUAGCACCGUAUGUUCAGUUACUAAAACCCCAUACAUUAUUAAACAUUGUUGCUUCAUGUUGCCUAAUCACUUCAUGUGCUGUAGGUUCUCAAUUAUCUUGCUGUAUACGAAAUACUAACUUCUUCUAAUAUCAAUAACUUGUAUCUGCUUUGGUGAGAAGGUAUUUCCACUGCAAAAUGAUCCUGAAAAUGUUCACAUUUCUUUUUGCCAGUGCUGUAUUUACAAAUAUUAUAUUGAGGGAUUGUGUCUCUCAUUUAAGACAUGGUAAUAAAUAAUUGAUUUCAGCACUAGAAAAAACACACAGUAGAAAGUACAUAAACAUAAAUAACUUGUUUUCAGCAGUACUCCUACCACUGUGAACACAAACUGACCUGCUGAUAGAUUUCUAUUUGUUCAUUUUUCACAUAUUGUAUUACAAACCGUUAAAUAGUGUGACCUUUCUGUAAGCACUAAUUCUGAACCACAACCAUACAUGUUAUUAUUAAAGCCUUAGUUGAAACUAUGUAUUCAUUAGAAAAGAAUAGUGUGCAUACUUUUUUUUUUUUUUUUUUUUUACCACUAUACCUUUUAUGUGUUCAAAGCAUUUCAAAGAUGCUAUAAGGUUGUUAUAAUAUGUGACCAUUGCUCACAGUAUUCACUAAUGUGAAUGGCUUUGCAGGAAAGCAGGUAAUGCUAUUUCAUAAUACUCUUGGUUGUUUAUUUUGUAAGAAGUGGGUUCAAAUGCAGGUAUAAGUGCAGAACUCACUACAUCUAAAAUGCACAAUUUUAUCUUUAUUUUAUCGAGACAGCGGUAAACAAAAGCUUCUUGAGACCAGAGAGAAGUCGAAACUAGUCAAAACCUUAGCAAUCUACAGCUAUAUUUAUACACUUACAGAGUUGUAAGUGUUUGCAUUCUGUAUCAUGUACACACUUUUCUCCUGUAAAAUAGAAAUAUGCUAAGUCUUGUUUUUUUUUUUUUUUUUUAAAUACACAGAUCAUUUGUCUAUACUUUAAUGUUUACAAUAUGCUUUUUUUGUAUAAAGGGAUUCGGCAUCUUAGCAUUACUAUUUGAAAAGCUUUUUAAUGAUACUAUACCAUAAUAUUACAAGCACAUAUGGAUUAUAAUUUUCAACUACUGGAGUACAUAUGCAAAUGUCUAUUAUCAAAUAUAAACUUUGAUUUUCUACAUUGCAGUAGUUUUUGCUCUUGCAAUGUAGAAAAUCUGCUAUCCAAGUCAAUCUGACUGUUCCAGUCCCCCAUUAGUCUUGUUCCUAGAUGCUGCACUGUACUUAUUCUAAUACGAGUUUCUGGUUGCAACCGCAUAGAAUGUUGCCAUUCAAAUAACAUGGUCCCAAUGAUUCAUUCAUCUGUCUAUCGAAAA